AUGGCGCGUUCGUUGAACAACGGAUCGCGAAAGCGACGCCGGGCCUCAACAACCAUCAAUCCACCACCGACAUCAGACUCCGAUGACACUGUGGGGAUGGAAAGGCCCGUCCCGACCGUCCCGACCGUCCCUUCAGGAACAAAGUUCAUCGUGGGCCUGGACUACGGGACCACCUACACCUCCGUCUCUUAUAUCAAGUUUGAUGCAGCCAAUCCCCCCAAAACAAUUUUUGCAGACCAAAUCAAGUCCGUCGACCGCUGGCCUGAUUGCGGUGCCUUUUGGCGCUCCCCCGAGGUAUCAAGUGAAAGCUGGUAUCAUGGCAACAAGUUCUACUGGGGAUACGCCGCUCGCCAAGCGAUAGAAGCUCUGAAGAAUGGGAAUCUAAAUUACAGGAAUCGGAUCAUUCAACACGCCAAGUUGCUUCUCAAUGAACGUCCUGAAGAUAUACAGGCCCCGCGACGCGAGUUGGGGGGCACUAUGAACAGACUUGAAAAGAAUGGCAAAUACGUUAUCAAGGACUACCUCCGCGAGGUCUUGAAAUACACCAAGGCGCAUCUAGAAAAGAAAGAUAAGUUCACCGAAGACUGCGAGGUUGAGCUCACUUUCUGCGUACCAGCGGGAUGGCCGGCGAGGGCCUUACGCACCAUGCAGGAAAUCUUGCUGGAAGUAGCGCAGGAAAUCAAGUUCGGUAUCUUGGCCCCGUUAUUUAUCCUCAACGAGCCCGAGGCAGCCGCAGCAUAUAUGCUGGAAGCCAUUCCAGGAUGCAACAAGUUGAAGGCAGGAGAUGUGUUCAUAGUCUGUGAUGCCGGUGGUGGCACAGUGGAUGCCAUUACAUACCGCGUCUGUCGAGAGCAUCCAUUCCGAUUGGACGAGGUCGUUUCUCCGGGAGGAAGGAAUUGCGGUUCAAGUUACAUAAACCAGGCCUUCAAAGCGGAGGCUAUCAAAAGGCUCGAAGACACCAAUCACGCCUCUCUCCAAGGGCCUUCAUUCGAGUACAUCAUUGAAUACAAUGUCAUGGACAAAUUUGAAAAAAUCAAGAGAGAAUUUAGACCAGAAGAUGGGUUAGAAGGAGAUGCAUCGAUCGUUGUUCCUGGUCUCAAAGAGGAUCCGACAAAGGGCUUCGGUAAUUCGUUACUACAUAUCCCCAGAAAGCAAAUCCGGGGCUUCUUCGAUUGGAGCUUGGAUGGCACAGGCGAACUUAUCCGAGAGCAAAUGAGCGCGGCAGAUAAAAUUGGCCUGACAGUUUCGAACAUUCUACUGGUUGGGGGCCUCUCUACAUCGCCGUUCCUUGAAGACUACAUACGCAAUACGUUUAGUGGCCUCAAUAUCCUCAAGAACGAGGAGGGAGAUAUGGCCGUCGCAGUUUCACACGGUGCCGUAUUUCGUGCCCUAAAUAAAGAAUACGGGCCCCGGCGACAAUUGCAGUCCAACUUCGGUUUUCUUCAGAUAGUGGAAUAUAACAGAAAGCUGCGUGCUCAUCGCGCAGGUUUCCGAACGCGUAACGGCAUUAACGGCAAGGAGUAUAUGUACGACGUUAUUGACUGGGUUAUCAAGAAGAAACAGAAACGUGCCCUAAGCAAUAAAGCACCGUUCGUGACACGUAACUACCAAACCUUCGGGAUAGACGAGGAACCGGUGAUCAGGCAGCGCAUUUACGUCUCCGACGAUGACAGGGUAUAUGAUGGCUAUCAAAUGGAUCAUGGACAUAAUAGAGGAGCUGAACCAUACGGUCGGCUUGUGGUGGACUUACAAAAAGUGAAGGACGAGGGCCUGUUUCAGACAAUUCCAGGACCCCAAGGGGAUUUCUACCAGAUUUACUACGACUUAAUUAUGGAAGUUGACGGUAGAACCCUCACAGUGAAGCUUUUAUGCCCUCCUGGUGGACAAUGUCGCGGAGAAACUCAGCUCUGCAUUGCGGCUGCUUUUAUUCCUGGAACUGAAUAG